AAUACAGAGAAGCGAAUGGGGGUUGCCCGGUGGCUGGCUCUUUAUGUUAUGGUAAUCGUGGCGGGCAAUGCGCAGGAUGCGGAUGGUGCAUUACCGGCUGCGACCUUUAAAGCGGUAGCGGAAGCUAACGCGAACGGCCCUUACACCGGCAUCGUCAUUCCUAACCUUUAUGAGAUGGGCCCGCUUCUUAGCUCGUCCAGCUACAACGCUACUGGAAUCAUAGAUUUCGCAGGGAGAAGAUUUCGAUUCGGGACGGUCGAAGAUAGGAAAGUCAUACUGGUCAUGACCGGACGGAGCGUGAUAAACGCAGCCAUCACUACACAGCUUCUGCUGAGCUUCUUCGAUGUGGAGGGAGUGGUUCAUUAUGGAAUUGCUGGGAACGCGAACCCUGCUUUGGGCAUAGGAGACGUCGCUAUUCCCGAAUAUUGGGCGCAUACCGGUCUUUGGCAUUGGCAGAGAUAUGGGCAUGAUCCAGAAGACGAGCUUGCAUUGGAAUCAAACGGUGACUACACGAGAGAGAUUGGCCCCUUGAAGUUCGCAAAUUACACCAUAAACGUGACGGGUUGCCCUUCAUUCGACAAUCUCUUGAACAGCAUCUGGUACCAACCAGAGGAAGUGUUUCCUGUCACCGGAACUCCUGAGGAAAGACAGCACGAUUUUUGGGUCCCCGUCGACUCCACCUACUUUGCAUUGGCCAAGAAGCUUGAGGAUUUGAAAUUGGAAUCUUGCGUGAAUACGACCACGUGCUUAUACUACACGCCGGAGGUAAUCACCGUCGAAAGAGGCGUUAGUGCUGGCAUCUUUGUCGACAACGCUGCAUAUCGGAGCUUCAUCUACGGCACGUUCAACGCGAGCCCUGUGGACAUGGAAAGUGCGUCGGUCGCCCUAAUUUGUUACCAACAGAACACACCUUUCAUCGCCAUCAGGGCGCUCUCGGACUUGGCCGGCGGAGGAUCUGCCAAGUCGAACGAGGCCGGUACUUUCAGGGACCUUGCCGCAGGCAAUGCGGUGGCGGUCGUGGUGGAGUUUAUAAAGCAGCUUUCCUCCGGCAUGUAGCAAGAUGGGAAGCCACGGGAUAGUCUCCGAUAUCCAAUAAGAUUGCGUUUGUGUCUAUUUGUGUAGCAACACGAACCCUCUGCCUGAAUUUUUCACAUUUCCUUACUUUAAAUCCUCUAUUGUAAUAAAUUAUCAAAGCCACGAGGGUUCGGUGAUUCGAA